AGAAGAUCGAUCGCAAAAGCGUGAUUGCGUGAAAAGUAAGUCGAGAGCUCCUUUCGUGUCUCCUUUUCCAUCAUCAACAGAUAAGGUGUGAGAGACUUUUUUGUUGCAGGUUUUAUUCUCUUUGGCUGCUGUAAGGGAUUGCGUCUGUGAUUAUUAAUAUGAGUUAUGAUGGCCCUUCUCUGGGUUCCGGUGGCAGAACUGCUAGAAGGGCACUCGAGUUUGGACAGACGUAUGUCGUAAAACCUAAAGGCAAACACCUGGCAACAAUCGUCUGGUUGCAUGGGCUUGGUGACAAUGGCUCAAGCUGGUCCCAGCUCUUGGAGACCCUUCCUCUUCCAAAUAUCAAAUGGAUAUGCCCUACUUCGCCUACUCAGCCCUUAACGUUAUUUGGCGGCUUUCCUUCAAAUGCAUGGUUUGAUGUAAGUGACCUGUCAGAAGAUGCAAAACAAGACGUAGAAGGACUUGAUGCUUCAGCUGCACAUGUUUUGAGCCUACUCUCCACUGAGCCUUCAGACAUCAAACUUGGUGUAGGAGGGUUUAGUAUGGGCGCAGCGACUGCUCUAUACUUUGCAAGUUGUUUUGUACAUGGAAAACUUGGGAAUGAUAAUGCCUACACAACCCAUUUGGAUGCAGUCAUUGGCCUUAGUGGAUGGCUUCCAUGUGCAAAGGACCUAAUUAACAAGGUAGAAGGGGAUGAAGCUGCAGCUCGAGCGGCAUCCUUGCCCAUUAUGCUCUGUCAUGGCAAAGGUGAUGAUGUGGUCCUCUUUCGUUAUGGUGAGAAGUCUGCAGAGAAACUGACGUCAGCUGGCUUUCAAAACUUGACGUUCAAAACCUACGAUUCGCUGGGCCACUAUACGAUGCCGGAAGAGAUGGAGGACGUCCGUUCAUGGCUAACUUCAAAAUUAGAGCUCAAGGAUGAGUCAUAGAUCCAUCUAUUUGGAUGAAAGAUGGUUAAAUUAAUCCAACAAUAUUUUGUAAUGUGAAAUAUGAAUUUUCUGUCAAAACUACAUUGCACGCAUUCUCUCUUGUGUCCUUUACUUUUACACUCGCAGGUCUUUACGAAAACAAUUUCUCAGAUCUGUGUAUAUCCUACUCCGUACACCAUCUGCUUAAGAUUUUUUGAGUUUGUUUGAUUUGAUUCAAGUGUUGCAUGUGUUUACCAUCU